GAUGUUAGAAGGAUGUAAUUUUCCAAAAUUUGCGAAAAACACCGAUUGGGUUGUAGAAUCUCAGCCAAUUUACAAAAAUUUAUUAAAUAAAUUAGUUUGUAACAAUCCAAACGAAUCGUGCUUUUCCAGAAUGUGCAAUAGUUGUCCAAAUAAUGAAGAAAUCGCUAAUUAUUUUCGUGUGUCGUUUAAUGAAUCUGAUGUUAAUGAAAUCCAAUAUAAAAUGUGGACAUCAACAGACCGUUGUACUAUUGUGAAUGUUACUUCAGAUUCCGAAGACUUCAUCGAGACUUUAGUGACGCAACUUGAUAAGCUUUUGAAACAUGAUUUUAUUGCGAAAACACAAAGUCGAUUUUUUUCUGAUACAAAACUAAAUUUAAAGAGCGGGGAAUUCGCCGUAGUAUUUGACUUUGCGGAAAACUAUGCAUUCGUUGUGCAGGAAGCAGCUCAAGGUUUUCAUUGGAAUAAUGAUCAAGCUACUAUAUUUCCAAUGGUGAUUUAUUAUAACGAAAAUGAUACUAUUAAGCAUUUGAGCUUUGUUGGUAUUUCAGAUUGUCUUAAGCAAGACACAGUUUUAAUUUAUUUAUUUCAAGAGCAAUUGAUUGCCUUUCUUAAAAAGAAGUUUGCUGUCAUCAAUACGAUUUUUUACUUCUCUGAUGGAGCUCCACAACGAUUCAAAAACAAGAAAGCAUUUACAAACUUAUGUUAUCAUUAUGCUGACUUCGAAAUCAACGCUGAGUGGCAUUUUUUUGCAACUGCCCAUGGCAAAGGACCAUGCGAUGGUCUUGCGGGUUCAUUAAAACGAUAUGCUGCUAGAGCUUCACUACAAAUGAACAAUAAAGAGCAUAUACUGAAACCACAAGAUUUGUUUUCCUGAGGAACGAAAAAUUUUACAAGCGUUGACUUUACUUUUAUAGCUAAUGACGAUUAUUUAAUAAAAAAAAAUGUGUUAGACGUACGAUAUUCUCAAUCGAAAACGGUGAAAGGUACACAGUCAUUACACACUUUUGUGCCUUUAAAAGAUGAAAUUGGUUAUGCUUUCAUUAAAACUGUGUCCACAUCUCAAAAAAGUUCAAAAAUAAAAGUAUUUUAAUUAUAAUGAA